AUGUGUGGGGGUGCUAUCAUUUCUGAUUUCAUAGACGUGGAUUUCAAGAAUGGUCGGAAAUUAACCGCUCAAGAACUCUGUUCUGAGAUUGACGCUUUCUCUCACUUCCAACCUCUCCACCCCACCUCUUCUUCCAAACCCCAAUCAUCUCACCCUACAAACAACAAAGUGGAGGCAGCUGAGAAGGUGAAGAAGAAAAGAGUGGUUGCAGAGAAGAGUGGAGCGCGAGUACGGAAGAACGUGUACAGAGGAAUCAGGCAAAGGCCAUGGGGAAAGUGGGCUGCAGAAAUAAGAGACCCACGCAAGGGUGUGCGCGUGUGGCUCGGAACCUUCAACACUGCCGAGGAAGCCGCACGCGCCUACGACGACGCCGCCAAGCGCAUCCGCGGAGACAAGGCCAAGCUCAACUUCCCCCACCACCACUACCCACAAGAGUUGACUCAGCCCUGUUAUGAACCCACUUUUAAUAACCAUGACCUCGACUCUCAACUCAAGCACCAUAUUUCCAACCUCGAAUCGUUCCUUGGUUUGGACCAUGAACACCAUCAAGUGCAACCGCAGCCACAGCCACAACCACUUGCUGAGUGGGACCCGCUCCAUGCCGACCUUUGGACGCUCGACGACGUCGUCAUGCCCAACCGCCACCUCGUCUGA